AUGACCGAACGCAGCAAGCGGCAGAUCUGUAAGUGUCGUGCGACCAAGGCCUACGUGCAUCAGCCGAAACGGCCUGGCGAGCGUUGCAAGAGGAAGCGGCAGGAAUUUGUGUACAACCCGGAAGAGAAGGUUUGGCACGAGCCCUACAUGGAGAGGCUGCGUCUUGAGCUUUCAGAAAAGUCCGUGCCGUGCGGCUCCAAGGUCGAGUUACCAUGGCAGGACAUCGCCCUACCGACAAAGGGCAUGCGAAUACGUCCCAACGACGGCCCGACAUCAUCAUCGGCUGAGCAUCAGGAAGCCGAAAACGAACCGGAAGCCGCGGAUGUCGAGACACAGGACGAAUCUACGGGCAUGACGCUGCCUUGGGAGGAUCUGCUCAUCGCGAAGACCGUGCCGAGUGGCUUGCCGGGCGAGGCAGAGGUCUGCGACUCCUCGGUGGAGAUACCGUGGGCCGAUCUCGCCCUGGAGAAGCCGAUGGUGAUACAGCCGCCGCAGGAGGAAACGUGCGCGCCCGAUGAAGUUGAAAUUCCGUGGGAUGACAUCUUGAUUCCGAGCAAUAUUGUCAUCCAGCCUGAAAAGCGAAAGCGGCACCCGUCAUCGGGACGGCCUCCGCGUGUACGCGGAGGACCCACGGCGCCUGCGACUGCAACUUGUUCGACUGCUUGUGAUGUGAAUCCCUGCUGCGGCAAGACUCGCAUGGACACGAGGAACAUCAAGCCGUCCAUUUGGACUGCCACCUGCAUGUAG